UUGUAUUAUUUUCCAUACAGGCAUCACUGUGGCCAGUCUUUGUGACUGAGAAUGGAAUCCCAACAAAAUUGAUUUUUUUUUUCACCCCAUCUCUCUUCCUAGGAAGUGGGGCUCCCCUCAUCUCCUUGUAUUGGGCAAGUAAAAGCAACACAUAUAUGAAAAUAUGCCUCCAAAAUUCAAGCGCCACCUCAAUGAUGAUGAUGUUACUGGGUCAGUGAAAAGUGAGAGGAGGAACCUCCUAGAGGAAGAUUCAGACGAAGAGGAGGACUUUUUCUUGAGAGGGCCAUCAGGUCCAAGGUUUGGACCCAAGAAUGACAAGAUCAGGCAUGUCCAAAACCAGGUUGAUGAAGUUAUUGAUGUCAUGCAAGAAAACAUCACCAAGGUGAUAGAAAGGGGAGAACGACUAGAUGACUUGCAGGAUAAGUCAGAUGAAGGUAAUUGUGGCUUUGGUUGCUGUUGUCGUCCUGCUAGUGAUUAUUGUUCCCAUCAUCUUCAAAUACCACACUUGACUUGCUGGUGGAUAUUAUGGUGGCUUCAGGAUGACAGCAUAGGAGGCAGCUGUGUGACUUCUGUGGAACAUAAUAUGUAUAUAGCUUUGAAGUGUUUCCCCCCUUCUCCCUUGGAGGCACCAGACUAGCUCCAGAAAGAGCAUUCGGAGGAUCCAGCAAAUCAUCCUUUUUCAGCCAAGAACUCAUUCUAGUGUCAAUAUCUAAUCCAAACCCCCAUUGUUGCUCCCGGGAAGGAAGCUCAGUUUGGAGUCAGAUACUUAUUGCUAACUGGUAAUGAUGUUAUUUAUAAUUUACAGAAUUUCUUAUUACUUCUGACAGAGGACAAUGGAGGAAGAAUAAGGGAGGGAUGCAGUGUAUAAACUCUAUAUCAUUGUUUAGAGAACACAACAUAUUUAGAUGAAUAACUGUGAAGAUGCCACUUUCCCAUAUUUAAAAAACCACGAUUUUCCAAGGAGACUUUCUGUACUUGUUAAGGGACCCAGAAGCUCCAUGUUCUCGCUGUUGCUUAUGGAUGUGACAUAAAAGCAUUCCAGUAAAAAAAACUAUUUUUAACUGUAA